AUGGCAGACGAAGUGGACAUGCGCAAUGAGCUCACCAAUCUGCAGGAGCGAGCGGACCAGCUGGCCGACGAGUCAUUGGAAAGCACUCGCCGUAUGCUACAGCUGGUAGAAGAGAGUAAAGAUGCUGGAAUCCGAACUUUGGUUAUGCUUGAUGAGCAGGGAGAGCAACUGGAGCGCAUCGAAGAAGGAAUGGACCAAAUCAAUAGGGACAUGAAAGAAGCAGAAAAGAAUUUGACGGAUCUAGGAAAUCUCUGUGGUCUAUGUCCGUGUCUCUGUAACAAGCUGAAGGGUGGAGGCCAGUCCUGGGGUAAUAACCAGGAUGGAGUGGUGUCCAGCCAGCCUGCCCGCGUCAUGGACGAACGCGAACAGAUGGCCAUCAGCGGAGGCUUCAUCCGCAGGGUAACCAAUGACGCACGAGAGAACGAGAUGGACGAAAACUUGGAACAAGUGGGAAGCAUCAUUGGCAACCUGCGCCACAUGGCCCUCGACAUGGGCAAUGAGAUUGACACUCAGAAUCGGCAGAUCGACAGGAUUAUGGAUAUGGCUGAUUCCAACAAGACCAGGAUUGAUGAAGCCAACCAGCGUGCCACAAAGAUGCUUGGCAGUGGCUAA